UGCACCACUGGACUAAUAUCAAGUUAGCCGUUGAGCUGGUUGUUCUGUAUAUGCUUAUUUAAUGUUUCUUUUAAUCCACUAACAUAUUUAGGUUGUGAAUGGAGCAUACUACUGCAUUAGUAAAUUGGGUGUUGCAGUGUUGGCGGGGAGGAGGAGGCAUGACUGAUGUUACGAUGGCUGACGCAAACCACCGAGCCAACGGCGGCGCGCCAACGGGCGGCUGGGACAGGGUGGCUAUACUGGACGCUGGUGCACAGUACGGCAAAGUCAUCGACAGGAAGGUGCGCGAGUUGUGUGUGGAGAGUGAGAUACUGCCUCUAGACACACCUGCAUUCACACUCAAGGAGAAAGGCUACAAGGCUAUAAUUAUAUCAGGGGGUCCAAGCUCUGUAUAUGCAGAGGAUGCUCCCAGAUAUGAUGCAGAUAUAUUCAGGAUAGGAGUUCCAGUCCUAGGUAUUUGUUAUGGAAUGCAGAUGAUGAAUAAAGAGUUUGGAGGGCAAGUUAUAAGGAAAGAUGGAAGAGAAGAUGGACAGUUUGCUAUAGAUGUUGAUCCUAAGUGUAUAUUAUUUAAGGGCCUAGAUAAGUCACAGAUAGUACUGUUAACACAUGGUGACAGCAUUGAGAAGGUUGCAGAGACUUUUCGGGUGAUUGCCCAGUCUCGCAAUUUUGUCGCAGGCAUCGCCAACGACAAGUUGAGAUUGUACGGUCUUCAGUUCCAUCCUGAGGUGGACCUAACAGUCAAUGGCCAGUCUAUGUUGAGGACGUUUCUGUUUGACGUGGCUGGUCUUACACCCAACUACACACUGGAGUGUAGAGAGGCCUCAUGUAUUCAAUACAUACGCGAGAGCGUUGGCACCAACAAAGUUCUGCUUAUGAUCAGCGGAGGAGUAGACUCAACAGUGUGUGCAGUGCUGCUCAAGAAAGCUCUGCCAGACACAGAUAUCAUCGCGUUACACAUAGACAAUGGGUUCAUGCGUAAAAACGAGAGUCAGACCGUGGAACAGCUGCUGAAGAAACAAGGCAUAAAUGUACAAGUAAUCAACGCAAGCCACCAGUUCCUCCAUGGUACGACGUCAGUGCCUGUAGACACCAACACCAAGGAGCCCAACAACAGGACCAGAGUCACCAAAAUGCUCUGCAUGACUGCCAACCCCGAGGAGAAGCGCAAGAUCAUUGGCGACGUCUUUGUUGAGGUAGCCAAUGAGGUGAUCAGCCAGUUGAAGCUGAAUGCUGAGGAAGUGCUGUUGGCUCAGGGCACACUGAGGCCUGAUCUGAUAGAGUCAGCAUCUCACCUGGUCAGCAACAAAGCUGACACCAUCAAGACCCAUCACAAUGACAGUCAGCUGAUACGUAGCCUCAGGGAAGCUGGCCAGGUCAUCGAACCGCUCAAGGACUUUCACAAAGACGAGGUGCGCAAGCUAGGACGAGAUCUGGGAUUGCCUACAGAGAUGGUAAUGAGACAUCCGUUCCCUGGUCCAGGCCUCGCCAUCAGGGUAUUGUGUGGUGAAGAACCUUACAUGGAACGGGACUUUGCGGAAACACAAGUUGUUGUUAAAAUCAUAGCAGACUACGAUCUUAUGGUGCAAAAGAAACACGCUUUGCUGAACAGAGUAGAGAGUGCCACAAGUGAAGACGAUCGAGCAGAGCUGAAGAGAGUAUCAAGCAGACAACACCUGGCAGCCACACUACUGCCCAUCCGCAGUGUCGGAGUGCAGGGUGACAGGAGAAGUUAUAGCUAUGUGGUUGGACUGUCCUGUGAUAAGAAGGAGCCCAACUGGGAGGAUCUGUUGUUCCUGGCACGACUCAUACCUCGGGUCUGCCACAAUGUCAACAGGGUCUGCUACAUCUGGGGCGACCUGGUCAGGGAUCAGAUCACCGACAUCACGCCCACCUACCUCACCUCGCUGGUGCUCAGUACUGCGCGGCAGGUUGACCACGCCGCCACACAGGUCCUGGUGGCCACAAACACACAACACCUGGUGAGCCAGAUGCCUGUCGUGUUGAUCCCUAUCCACUUCGAUCGAGACGCUGUGACAAGAGGUCCUUCAUGUCAGAGGUCUGUGGUGCUCAGGCCGUUCAAGACCCAGGACUUCAUGACUGGCUCACCUGCUCUCCCCGGAAAGGAUCUGCCCGUUGAAGUUGUCAACAAGAUGUUCUCAGAAGUGUCUAGUGUGCAAGGCAUAUCAAGAGUGUUGUAUGACCUGACGUCUAAACCCCCCGGUACCACAGAGUGGGAAUGAUGUCCGUAUACACACGAUGACGUGUGAACCUGUGUGCUAGCAUUCCAGAGACUGACUGUACACAAUAACUCAACAGUAGACCUCCGUGGUACAAACUUAUUUUGUAUAUUUAAAAAAAAUUAUAUUGCAUAUUUCUUUUGAUUCGGUUGUUUUAGAAAGAUUGUCUUUUUCACGCUAAUUUAUUUUUUAAUUUUAAAAAUAUUUUAACAUAUGAUGCUUGCAGUUAUUUUAUUGUUUUAUUACCAAAUGAGAUUUUUUGUUUGAAGCCUAUCAGAAAUAUAGUGUAGAGAGGGUAAGGAGGAAAUGUUUUCGGACUUUAUAUAUGUAUUUUUUUAUACUGUCACUAACAGUUAUUAAACAUGAGCUGUCGUGUAUUUUAAGGACAACUCAUGUGUCAUGAGAUGGUUCUGUUUUGAAAACAUUACUGUUUUAAAUGUAAAUUAUGAAUAAUAUAAAUAGUUAUUAGAAACA